AUGUCUGAAUUAUUGCAAGAUUUUCAGAAGAAGCUAAUUUUCCCCCUAGAUUUCCCCAGUCAGAGGUACACUGAAAGACUACAACAGAUUACUCUACUCGUCGGCGCCAUUGUCGCCAGUAUUGUCGGAUUAUCAACACAAUCUUUGAAGAAUUUGAUCAUCGUUUAUGGAAUCUCUAUUGCCAUCACUGCGCUAGUGGUCCUUCCAGCAUAUCCUGCAUACACAAGACGUAAGUUACAGUGGGUUCAACCUAAAGUAGUCAAUAUAUCGACCGAAUCGAUUGAAUAA